AUGAGCUCGAUCGAGCUGAGUUGGACCAAGGCUGGGGGUAACCUGUGGAACAUCAAGGAAGAAGAACUCCAAAGAGUAUGGGCUACAAUAGCUGAAGAGGGGUACUCUUCCUCAAGGUCCAAGGCUGCCAGAUCAGGAGUCCUGUGCUUAGAUAUGUCCACAAGGCUCUUGCAACACCUUCUUUGCAAGGAAAGCCACUGGACAAUCAAUGAGGGAGAGUGA